UUGUUAUUAUUAUUACGUGUGAGAUUUCAUUUUGUAUGAACCGCCAAAAAGGAUCGAAAGACAGACCACAAGAUGGCGAAUUUGAUGGUCUCCACAAACCAAGCGACGGGAACACAAUUUCCCUAUGAAGAAAGGAAACAAGAAAAUUCCACAAUAUUUUCUUCUUUUCUUUUCCCUUCCCUUUCAAUUCUUCCAUUUUCGCCAAGAAUAAUCAUAACGUUCUUUUGUCAUCUAGAUUGGAAGAUUAUUCUGACGGUGAUUUAUGUGAAUCUGGUGCUGCAUUGGAGUCAGAAUCGUCCCUCUGGGAAUUAGAAUGGCAUUACCAGUGAACAUUGAAAUUGGUUCCCAUAUUUGGGUUGGAGAUCCCGAGCUAGCAUGGUUAGAUGGAGUUGUUUUUAACAUUAAAGGAGAAGAUGCUGAGAUUCAGACCAGUGAUGGAAAAACUAUUGUUGCAAAUUUGUCAAGAGUGUAUCCAAAAGACGCGGAAGCUCCUGAAGGUGGGGUUGAUGACAUGACUAAGCUGCUAUAUUUGCAUGAGCCUGCAGUUUUGCACAAUUUGUCAACGAGACAUGAAAUUAAUGAAAUCUAUACUUAUACUGGAAACAUUCUUAUUGCUGUCAACCCAUUCCAAGGGCUUCCACAUUUAUACGAUGCUCACAUGAUGGAACGAUACAAGGGAGCACAAUUAGGAGAACUAAGCCCUCACGUUUUUGCAAUUGCUGAUGUUGCAUAUAGGGCAAUGGUUAACGAGGGUAAAAGCAACUCAAUUUUGGUCAGUGGUGAAAGUGGGGCUGGCAAAACUGAAACUACUAAAAUGCUUAUGCGCUACCUUGCACAUUUGGGUGGCCAUAAUGCUUCUGAAGGACGAACAGUUGAACAACAAGUCCUAGAAUCAAAUCCAGUUCUUGAAGCAUUUGGCAAUGCAAAGACUGUCAGAAAUAACAAUUCCAGCCGUUUUGGAAAAUUUGUUGAAAUUCAAUUUAAUGAGCAUGGAAGAAUAUCAGGGGCAGCCAUCAGAACAUACCUUCUUGAGAGAUCUCGAGUUUGUCAAAUUUCAGAUCCUGAACGCAACUAUCACUGUUUUUACCUUUUAUGUGCUGCGCCACAAGAGGAAAUUGAGAAGUAUAAGCUGGGCAAUCCAAGAUCGUUCCACUAUCUUAAUCAAUCCAGUUGCUAUGAACUGGUUGGUGUUAAUGAUGCCCAUGAUUAUCUCACCACUAGGAAAGCUAUGGACAUUGUCGGAAUAAGCAAGGAAGAACAGGAAGCUAUUUUCAGAGUUGUUGCUGCAAUUCUUCAUCUUGGUAAUAUUGAUUUUGCAAAGGAGGAAGAUAUUGAUUCAUCCGUUGUAAAGGAGGAGUCCAAAUUUCAUCUACAAAUGACAGCAGAGCUUCUCAUGUGUGAUCCUCAUUCAUUGGAAGAUGCAUUACGUCAACGUGUUAUGGUAACCCCAGAAGAAAUUAUCAGGAAAAGUCUUGAUCCUCAUGAUGCAGCAGUAAACAGGGAUGGUUUAGCCAAGACAAUAUAUUCUCGGUUGUUUGACUGGUUGGUGUAUAAAAUUAAUGUUUCCAUUGGGCAAGAUCCUAACUCAAAAUUUUUGAUCGGGGUCCUUGACAUUUAUGGCUUUGAAAGCUUUAAAACUAAUAGUUUUGAACAGUUUUGCAUUAAUUUUACGAAUGAAAAGCUUCAACAACACUUCAACCAGCAUGUGUUCAAAAUGGAUCAACAAGAGUACAUAAAAGAGGAAAUUGAUUGGAGCUACAUAGAGUUUGUUGAUAAUCAAGAUAUUCUGGACCUCAUUGAGAAGAAAACAGGUGGGAUCAUUGCCCUGCUUGACGAGGCAUGUAUGUUUCCAAAAUCAACUCAUGAGACAUUUGCACAGAAGCUUUAUCAGACUUUCAAAGAUCAUAAGCGGUUCAUUAAGCCAAAACUCACUCGUGCAGAUUUUACCAUUGUUCACUAUGCAGGAGAGGUUCAAUAUCAGUCUGAUCAAUUUUUAGACAAAAACAAAGACUAUGUAGUUCCUGAACAUCAGGAUUUGUUGAGUGCUUCCAAAUGUUCUUUUGUGUCGGGCCUCUUUCAGCCAUUUUCUGAGGAGACUGCCAAACCGUCAAAGUUCUCAUCUAUUGGCUCCCGAUUUAAGCUACAACUGCAGCAAUUGAUGGAUACACUAAAUUCUACAGAGCCCCACUACAUUAGAUGUAUUAAGCCAAAUAAUACUUUAGAACCUGCUAUAUUUGAUAGCAUGAAUGUCAUGCAACAACUACGUUCUGGUGGAGUUCUAGAGGCAAUUAGAAUCAAAUGUUCUGGAUACCCUACUCAUAUGACCUUCUCUCAAUUCCUACACCGAUUUGGAAUGCUUGCGCCAGAGAUUUGGAGGGGGAACUAUGAAGAGAGGGUAGCAUGCAAAUGGAUUUUUGAAAAGAUGGAGCUUACGGGGUAUCAGUUGGGGAAAACAAAGGUUUUCCUAAGAACUGGUCAGAUGGCUGAGUUAGAUGCACAUAGAGCAAGAGUACUUCGCAACUCAGUGACAGUUAUACAGAGGCAUGUUAAAACUCGUGCAACUCGUAAAAAUUACCUUCUUCAGCGGCAGGCUUCUAUUCAUAUACAAUCUCAAUGGAGAGGAAAACACGCUCGCCAAUUAUAUAAGGAGAUGAGACAGGAGGCAGCAGCUGUCAAAAUUCAGAAGAAUUUGCGUAGACAAUUGGCCAGAAGAUCAUAUAAUGGGAUGAGGUCCUCUGCAGUUGUCUUGCAAACAGGCAUACGGGCAAUGGCUGCACGUGGUGAAUUCAGAUUAAGAGAGCAAACUAAGGCAGCAACUGCCGUCCAGGCUCAUUGGCGCUCCCAUAGAGCUGUUUCAUGCUAUAAGAAUCUGAAGGAAGCAUCAGUUGUUUCACAAUCUAAUUUGAAGGAAAGAAUUGCUGAGGGAGAGGAUAUGAACUUAAAUAUGGAAGGAGAAAUAGAUUCACUCGAGGUAAAAAAUUAUAAACUUCAAAAACAAGUGGAGGAACUCACAUGCCAUUUGCAAUCAGAAAAACAAUUGAGGAUUGAAUUGGAAGUAGAAAAAGGGCGAGAGAUAAAAACUUUGCUGCAUUCCCUGAAAAAUUUACAAAACCAAGUUGAUGAAACAAAUGCUGUGCUUCUCAAGGAACGUGAGGAUGCACAUAAAGAAAGUGGAGCACAUCUUAUCGUCACAGAAGCCUCUACUCAUGACGAUGAUGCCAAGAAGGGGACUUGCAGUGAAGAAGUGGGGAACUUGAAGGCAUUAUUACGGGCAGAAAAACAAAGAGCUGAAAAUUCUGAAAGGAAAUAUGCUGAAGCCCAGGGAUUAAGUGAAAAAAGACGUAAGAAAUUAAAAGAAACUGAGAGACGAGUUCAUCGACUUCAAGACUCUUUGAACAGACUUGAUCUAGUGUGGCUCAGGAUGUUAUGUUCCAUGUCAGACCAAUUUGCAGACCUGAAAAUGAUCUUGCACACUUCAUCAAACUCGACUUCAACUUCUGGAACCAUUGCCACAGAUGUCCGGGUUGAUUUUGCUUCUGAUAAUUCGGAUGCCUCAUCCAAUGACUCUGAUUUCUCAUUUCCAGCUCCAGUUUUAUCUUCUGCCUCAGAUGACUUGUCUUCUCAAAAUAACAAUUUCCAGUUGAUAGUACAGGAUCUUUCAACAACAGAAAUUUCAGGUUCGGAGGAGUGGCAUGGUGAUAAAGAGGGGGCAUUUGAUGACUACUUCUAAUGUAACUUGUAGCUUCUUUUCCUUCUAGGUUAGAUGCUUACUCAACAUGGGCUUGCUGGCAUUGUAGAGUAGGCACCCACCCUUGAACUGUUACAUCAUACAUAGCAAGCUUUUCUAAAGGAUCUAGAUCAAUUAGUCAGGUACUCCUUCAAAAGAAAAAAAAAGAAAAAUUCUAUCAACUGUAAAUACAUUGCUAGUUCACUAACAUCAGUGUAGUUUUGUUCAUUCUGCUAACAAUGGCUGAAAAUGCCAAAAAAACGAAAAAAAAAAAGAAAGGCGGUAUCAUACAGUCUCUCCAGGGGUGAGCACGGACCAGUUAACCAAACCAAAUGGCCAUUUUGCAAACCGAACCUAAUGGUUUUUAUAAAAUGCAAAUUGAAACUGCUAGUCAGACCAGUUUGGUUUCAGUCA